GCUGUGACAUAACUAGUAUGAAGCAGGUUGAAUUGAGACAUUUGUCAAUAAAGAAGAGAUAAGUGGAAGAAGUUCUGCAACAAACUUUGUUAUGCAAAGCAGCCUGAAUGCGCUUUACCGAUGCUCUCUGAUGGAGGACUGGCUGGCUGCGCAUCAACAUGCAGUUUGUGACCAUCUGUGGGAAAUAUAGGUUUGUUCCUGCUCCCCUCUGAACAUAACGCAGACAUGCUUCAGUGUUAACACAGUUUGCAUCAAGUGGGUUUUAAACUACUUCGGUGCAGAGAGAAAUCACCCUCUCUGAAGGAUUUUCCUAUGCCGGCGACAUUCCCAUACGGACUUCACGGAGACUCACGACAGAUCAUGUUCGACUAUAUGGAGUUUCAAGUUUUCGGACCCGGGGAAAUCGUGGACUUCUACAGCACUUCCAGUCCUUCGUGCAUGUUGCAGGAGCAAGACCAGGAUUUGGCAGCGUUCUUCCCCGAGCUGAUCGAGUCCGACUGGCAGGAGCACCGGUACUCGCAAUCAGUGGAAAGUCAGAGUUCCAGCUCCAGCUUCAGCUCGGACGACCUGUUUACCCGUCCUGCCUCACCACCUCCACCUCCACGCACUUACAAACCCUGCUUUGUGUGUCAGGACAAGUCCUCGGGCUACCACUAUGGAGUCAGCGCCUGCGAGGGCUGCAAGGGCUUCUUCCGCCGCAGCGUGCAGAAAAACAUGGUGUAUACCUGUCACCGCGACAGGAACUGUAUCAUUAACAAGAUCACCAGGAAUCGCUGUCAGUACUGUCGGCUGCAGAGGUGUUUCGCUGUAGGAAUGUCUAAGGAGUCGGUGAGAAACGACAGAAACAAGAAGAAGGGGAAGAAGGAAGCAGUGAAGAUGACCAUCAUGGAGACGUACGAGCUGACAGCAGAGCUCGGCCUGAUCGUGGAGAAAAUAUGCAGAGCUCAUAGAGAGACCUUCCCCUCCCUUUGCCAGCUGGGAAAAUACACCACAGUAAGUCCGGACAUGAAGCUAACGUUUCAAAACAAUAAUCUUUACAGAAGGAAGACAACCUGCAAAGAGGAAAAGAUCAAAGCUGUGAGGUCUGUCCAGCACUUUAUUAUGAUUUUAAUUGACUUGGGUAAACAUUGUAUGGAUAUUGUUAUCUUGAGGAUUUGCACUCGCUACACUCCUGACCAGGACACCAUGACCUUCUCCGAUGGCUUGACACUGACUCGUACUCAGAUCCACAAUGCAGGAUUUGGGCCGCUGACGGAUCAGGUUUUCACUUUUGCUGGCCAGCUGCUGCCGCUAGAGAUGGAUGACACGGAAAGUGGGCUCCUCAGUGCCAUCUGUCUUGUUUCUGGAGAUCGGGAGGACCUGGAGGAGCCGUCCAAGGUAGAAGUCCUGCAGGAGCCUCUGUUGGAGGCACUGAAGAUCUACUCCCGUAAGCGGCGACCCAGCAUGCCCCUGAUGUUCCCCAAGGCCCUCAUGAAGAUUACCGACCUACGUAGCAUCAGCGCUAAAGGAGCUGAGCGAGUGGUGACACUGAAGAUGGAGAUCCCGGGCUCUAUGCCUCCACUGAUCGAGGAGAUGCUGGAGGAUCUGCAGAACCUGGAGAAACACCAGAAGUCGGUCACCACUCAGCACACUCACGCCGUCUCCUCACAGCACAUGAACUCUGCUGAUUUUCCACUCUGAAGCUGCUCAAAGAACUUUUCUUUCCUCCGAGGGAAAUCGCUCAAAGGCGCAGCUGCAGAUCAGAGAGUGACUUACCUCAGUUAUUGUCCAGAGGUCAGAGCUCGAUCUGCAGAUAUGACUCCAUGUUUAAAGAAGAGAUUUAAAUCACACAUUAACAAGUAUUUCUGUAAACAAAAAUCCUACUUCAAAGGAAGAUGCAGUAAUGCUUUAAUCUCCAUUUUUAUAACCUUUGAGAAUCACUCUCAGUCUUUUCUUUACUGUUUCUGGUUUUUACUGUAUUUAUAUUUGCAUGAAAUAUCACAUGGAUUAAUUUUACCUCAUUUAGCAUUAGUUAUAGCAAGAUAGUAAAUGUAAGGAAUCAAUCUUUAGGUUUUAUAUACAAAUUUCUCAAACUCAGUUUGUACAAAAUUAAAGGGAAAAGCAAUGUUUUUUCCUCCAUAAGGGUAAGUGUUCAUAAUCGGAGUUAACAAACUAAUGUGUCUGAACUGACACAGUGUAGAAAAUGAGGGAUUAGAGAUGCAUAAGGACAAUAAACAUAGCAGUGUUUGUAUGAGCUUGUCAAUGUUAGAAUCUCUUUGUGAAGCUGCUGUGGUAAAAAUUUGUUGGAAAUCUGCUGGACUCGUUUACAGCUUGACAGAUUUAUUACAAGAGUAAGCUAAUGAAAAUAUACAACUUUAUUCUCUUUUUUACUUUCUAAAUGGAAAAAGGUUUUCCCACUAUUAUCAUAAAGCAUAUUAUUGGGGCUGGAUAUUAUUGUUAUUAUUAUUUUGAUACUGAGAAAACAUGUUGGUUGCUGUAUGAAGAUUGUACAAAAACAUUUCCUAGAUUUUCAGCCAUGAUUGUACUG